GUCCGCCUUCGAGCCAGCGCGCACCAGCACACGGCGAGCCCCGGCGCGCCUCCCGCUUCCGACGUCGCCCACUUGGUUUCAGCUGCAGCGCCGACCGGCCCCCACGAGGCUGCUAUGGCCACGAGCGCGCGAGCGAGCACCGGCAGGAUGAGCUUGGCCUUGAUCGCGCUGGCGUUGUUGGCACCGAGCGGCGGCCAGGCACUGGCCGAGCACUCGACGACCACCACCGCGGAUACGAGCCAGCAGCAGCAACAACAGCAGCAGCAACAACAGCAGCAGCCGCGGCAGAGCACCUUCGACGUGGAUGAGCGCACGGGUAGCCAGCAGCCGCGCGAGCCCUCGUACCUGAGGCGCCUGCUGGCGGGCCAGUACUCGAAGCGCGCCUCGAUGCGCGGCUUCCAGGGCAUGAGGGGCAAGAAGAGCGAGAACGAGCUGCUGGACGAGGACUUCUACUACGACAAGCGAGCGCCGAUGGGCUUCCAGGGGAUGCGCGGCAAGAAGGCCGACGACGACGACGACUAUUACAAACGCGCGCCCAUGGGCUUUCAAGGGAUGCGCGGCAAGAAGAAUUUAGAACAGGUAAUCGACGAGCUGGAGAAGCGCGCGAUGCUGGGCUUCCAGGGUAUGCGCGGUAAAAAGGCCGAGGAGUACGAGGAGGAGGCGGCCGAGUUGUCGCCCUACUACGACGACUCCGACGACUGGCAGAAGCGCGCGCCCAUGGCCAUGGGCUUCCAGGGGACGAGGGGUCGCAAGAGCUACCCCGACGAGCUGGAGAAGCGCGCCGUGCUCGGAUUCCAAGGGACGCGAGGCAAGAAGGGACUCUACGCUGAGCAGGACGAGCUGCCGCUGGUCGACAGUUACGUGGGCAAGCGGCCGAUGAUGAUGGGCUUCCACGGCAUGCGAGGCAGAAGAAGCGCCAGCCAUUACGGAGCGGCGGACCCGGAGAGGUACGUGGACAAGCGGUCGCCCUACCGGUUCUUCAGCUCGCGCGGCAAGAAGAACCCGCGCUGGGAGCUGCGCGGCAAGUUCGUGGGCGUGCGCGGCAAGAAGUGGAGCCAGCCGCCGCCGCGACUGGACGUCCUCGCCAAGCAGCUUGCGCCGCCCUCGGCCUACGGCCCCGACGACGCCAUCUGGCACUAGGCUCGCGACAGGCGACACGCCCAAGCUGAACAACUGGCGAUGGCUUAAUCACUUCUCCACUACUUGGCUCACUCGGCUCUUUCGCUCGCCGGCCAUGGCGAGCUUUCGUUUUGUUUGCUUGUCGCGACGCUUCCCAUCGACUGACUAGUGCAGUUUCGCCUGACUUCACGCACCGUUAUAUCAUUUCCGUUCGCGAGAGGACAGAGAAAGGCUGCAAGAUAUACAUUUAAUAUUUAAGGUUGCGAUGUCUAAUUGAAAGCACUGAAAAAGAUUAUAUAAUUAUAUUGAAAGCGAACUAUAGAUGGAUGUAUACGCAACCAUACUAACCAAAGUUGGCUGGCGAUAUAUUUUUCUCUAAAUGUUGACAUCUAUUGAACGUUACUCUGCACGCACACGCGUUAUUCUAGAACUAUCUGUCACCGUGUAUCGUCAUAUCGUCGAUGCUGGACAUACCAACAGAACCGCACGCUCUUACCAUACUUUAGUCAGCUUCAUUUUUUUCAAUUGUUCGCCGGAAAUACCAGAACAGUUGUAGCGCUAUAGACAGAAGCCUAAAAGACGUUACGAUGGACUUUUAUGGGAUCACGUUGUACAAUUUUUAUCGACUCUACCUCUUUCCGUUUUUCGCGAGCGCGCUGUUGAUUUGACCUUAUGUGUCCUAGAACAGGACGAAUGCGCGCUCACAGCUCGUGAUUAUCCUCGCGGCUGGACCGAAAUGUGAACCAGACUUAUGGGAACAAAAUCGAAAUGUUACUAAUGCCCGACGGUGAACGUAUUUCGAAUGUACAUUCGCGUCUGCAAACUGCUUCGAGGACAUUCCGUGUCAAGUUUUCUUUCUGCGCAAAUGCGAUUUUUAUGGUUACAGAUCCUUAGGAGCGUACAACUUUCAUUUGCUAUCUUAGCGUCACACGUAAAGAUUGACAAUGCAAUUAUAGUUUUAACCAUGGCCGAGGACAAAGCAUCCGGUUAUUAGCGUGAUUUUUAUGAAAUUCAACUUUGCCGCACGGCAGCGUUGCUCUAAUGAUAUUAAUUUGAUGCAACUUUUUUAGAUUGAACGAGACUCAAAGCUUUAAUUUAAGUAUAUGUACACGCAUCUCAUUUACUAAUUAGUUGAUAAGUAUCUCAUAGACUUUUACCACAUUGAUGCACGAUACAUCAAAGUACAGUUUAGUACUAUGAUACACGAUAAACUGACUUUUCCAUGGAACAUCGCUCGAAGAAUUGAAACUUGUGUAAUAAGAAGCUUAUAGUACCUAAAUUCUUUCAUCGUGCCAAUACUCCUGUAAUACGAAUAAUAACAAACCAAAUAUCUAAUGAUAAGUCUAUUUUAAACUCUUCGACUUUUCAAACGAUGUACACCUUAUUGACUAAAGUAUGGUAGAAAAGAUGAAUAGUGAAAUGGACUGAUCGCGAAAUACAAGUCAGUUUUUUAUGAACGAACACAAAUGGAGAAUCAAACGAAUCAUAUACCAAAAAAAAGUAUCAAGUACCUGUCUAUAAAAAAAUUAUAAUUUUAUAUAAGACGUUGAAUAAUUGAUCAGGAAAUGCUUUCAAAUAGGAGACGCAGACGGCAGGCAGAUUAAAAAUAUUUUACGCGCUAUAAACGUAUAUUUCUCCAAGUUGGAAAUUUUAUGACCCGUUAAGCACGCAAUAAAAGAAAACGCUCGUACAUAGAGUCGUCAAUAUACACUCUUUUGACAACUUUCAAGCAGUAUAAUAUUUUUUCCAUUUCGAAAUAUAACCGUCCAGAAAAUAAUCUAUAGCACAAAAAAUAGAAGUCCACUGAGAUUUUGAUUUUAUCAGCACGACGACUCUAAAAGGAUGAGGCGAGGGAAUAUUUCUACGACGACUAAGACUCGACUCUCCGAGAAAGGCAGAUAUCUCGAGGCAGCAUGUUAUUGCGCGCAAGUUUACCUAAAUGUAAUUAGACGAGGAAAGCGUGAGAGAGAGAGAGAGAGAGAGAGAGAGAGAGAGAGAAAGAGGAACUUUUGUCGAAUGCACAAUGUAAAUAAAUUACUAGGCUUACACGACGAAUGGAAGUAUAUAACGACGAAAACUUGUAUGCAGCCUACAUAUAUACAAACUCAAAAUCUCUCAGUUUCUAUAAUAUCUGUUUCGCAUGCAUCCAUGCAUAUAUUUCAACAAAGAUAUUCCUGUUCCACAUAUCGAUGUACAACUGUGUAAAAGCAAAUAUGAUAUGGAUUUAAAAAAAUAUAUGUGUCUACAUUCCAAAGAUAAUAUCCCUGUCGUUUUAUCAAUUUAUUGUCUUUUAGUGUCAUAUAUUUAUUAUUUUUCAGCACUUUAUAAACGACGUUCG